AUGCGAAACCGAUUCCUCGCCGCCGACUACUUCACCGCCGGCGGCUCUGUUCAGACCUUAGACUUCAUCCGCCUCCCUCUCCCUCACCUCCCGCCGCCAAAUAAUCUCUCAUUCUCCCAACAUUUUCUCCACUCCUUCCAUGACAUUCCCGUUUUCAGCAUUACUUGCGAAAUCGAAAAGCUUCCUAUCGAUCACGCUCGCUCCAAGUUAUUUUCCGACGUCCUUCCUCAUGUCAUUGAUGAAGUUAAUUUCUCGGGACAUGAGAUCGGUAGUACGAAAGGAAAUCGUACGGUUUUAAUUUCCGAGGAUGAUUUUACACCUGAUCAUGGGGGUAGGAGUAUUAUUGAAAUUACACAAUUUGAAAUUCCAGAGAUGGACCUCUCCCUGCUUCAAUUGGAAAGUGCUAUCCAAUCCCAGGUGGAGGACUUGGAUAUUCUCUCCCAGAGUUCAGUUGCUGAGUGUACUAUGGAUAUGCCCACUUCUGACCUCAGUUUACCUAAUCUUCUUGAGAUUCAACAAUCAGUUUAUUCAGUCGACGACAUCAGCUUAGAAUACUCUAUGAAACAGAAGGCUGAUUUUUUGGAAGAUGUUGGUUCCUUUGAAGGAGAGCUUCAUCUUCAUAAUAUUCACUUUCCCCCUUUUGAAGUGGACGAGGAAAGUCUGGGUAUUGUCAGAAGUAUACAUAUGGAGGAUGAGCUUCUAGAUUUUGAAAAUAUUGAACCUCAGCAUUUGACAGAACUAGAUGUAGUAUUGAGUGACGGCAAGGAGCUUUUGAGUUCUGUAGAGUUUGACUUAAAUAAAUAUCUAUCAGAGCAUUGUUUAGCAGUACAGUGCCCUGAAGUUGAGUUGCACUGCUCAAAUUUCUCAUCACAAAUGGACUACUUAAGUGUUGUAGAACAACCACAUUAUGAGGAGUACUCAACAUUCCAUCAAGGGAAAGCAGGUGGCGAUAUAAUUGGAUCAGUGAACCUGUGUCUAUUUGAAGAGUUCCAAUUCUUUGAUCAGGAUCCAUCUUAUUCUUGUGAGUUCUUCUCAGAUGCAGCCAAAGAGGUUGAAGAAGAACCAUGUGAAUUCAUGUUUGGAGAAAAUAUGAACUUUAUGAAUUUUGGUGAAUUGAUUGUUUGUCACGAACUUACUCUUAUGGAUGACUCUUUCAAAUCAUUACCCGUGCCUAUUAUUUCUGGCCAUGAAAAUAUUAGGUCAUUGCAUUUAAUGAUUGAGCAAAUAUUAGCCCAGGUGGAGUCACAGUCUUCAUCAACAUCUGAUGGUCUAUAUUUAGAUUGGCAUUUUCUUGAAGAAGACAACUUCGGUAAAUAUUCUUCUUUUAGGGAAAUGCCGUGGGAGAUAGAUACUUACAAGAUAGAUGCUUCUAAUUACUUGAUGGAUAGUACGAAACAGAUCUAUGAUUUUAUUCUCUCUAUGGAUUGUUCUGACAAACCAAACACAGAAGACUGCAAGGAAAUGCUGAACUUACCUUCUGCUGUUGUUUCUAUGUUUCAUACUUCUGUUGAUGAAAAAAAUUCUGACAGUUGGCAUAAUCAUGGAGACAGAAAAAGGUUAAACGGAGACUUGUUACUGGAAACCGGCAUUGAGAGAGUUCCUUCGUUUGUUGAAUCCAUGUCUAGCGAUCUUGAAUUUUUCUUAAAUCCCCGUAAUUAUGUCACAGGAAAAGAAAGUAAGCCUGCAGAUAAGUCAGUUGAUAUUAUUACAACGUAUCCACUGAUUUUUUCCAAUGAUGAUUCUGUUAGUAAUGCUACCACUAUGGUUCAACAGCAGUGGAAUGUCAGGUUGCACCGAGUACAGUUAUCUGAAAAUAUUCUAUUGCUCAUUGAUAAUUUUUGUAAAGUCUUCUUGGCCCUACUGGAGAACGACACAGAGUUGAGACAGAGUCAGAGUCUAGGUCAAGUUGGUGAGGACCUGACCGUACUUUGGCUUCCUAAAGAAGAACUUAUGGACCUUCUUAAGAAAAGAAGUGCACCAAGUACUUAUUCAGCUCACAACGAUGAUAAUAUUAUGUUGUUGAUGAUGUUAUGUGCAAUUAAACAGAUGGCUUUCUACCUCUGUUACUAUGGAAUCCACGCCACAUAUCUAUAUGUAGACAGGUUGUGCAGAAACCUGCAGUGCUUGAAAUCCAGAUUAAGUUGUCUGUAUAACUUGAUAAAAAAUGCGAAUGAGAGGGCUGAGAAAGAAAUAUGUGAAAACCAUCCUUCCCUUUCUGUUGUGCAUGAAAUUUUGCAGACAAAUUUAAGCAGCGGUAGUUUGAAAAUAUUAAUUGUUGCUGACCGAGUUUUCUGGUGGCCAUUGAAGAGACUGUUGACAUCCAUGAAGAUUUCAUGUAAUGAGCUACACCAUUUUUCUGCCCAUGCAAGUCAACAGGGCCGUGAGUUCACAAACACCAUACUAAAUUCUAUGCUUUCCACGGAUUCUUGUUUGGUAUCCUAUGAAUAUGUUUCUGCAUCAUUCCCCUUCCACGAAUUUGGCUUUGUCUUGGAAUAUGGAGGCUCAAAUGGAUCGUCUAUAAUAUCCACCAUCUGCCCAAAGUUAGAUCAGUUGCCCCCUCUUUAUUUUCUCAAGGUGGAAUUGGAGGACUCGAGUGUUUCCAAAGCGCUUUCCUGUGGCGCUUACAUAUCCAAGAAUAGUGAAUUUAAGAUGGCAAGUAUCUUUUCUGUUCGAUCACGUUUCAUAGUUUUAUCAUGUUUCCAGGAUGCAGGUAUUCAUUCUACCUCAGCUCAAAAUGAGAGUAAAAAUAAGUUGGAAGACCUAUUAAACUUUGUACCUAUUGAGGAGACCUACAACAAGGGACUAGUCAAAGAUGUAAAUGAAGAUGAGGUCUGCUCAGUGAUGCCUGUUAAAUCCUUGCCAGUGGCUAUGGAAUCAAAAGAAAUUAACUUGGGCAAGCCCUUUCCUCACGAUAUUGUCAUAAUUGUGAACACCCAAAAUUUCGACAAAGAAAUGGUCAUAUCUCGGAGAAGAACAUACCAGAGGAUCCUGGCACUAGAGAAAGAAGGAGCACAAGUUGUAGAACGCGAUAUAGAUCUACCUGUUGAUAUUAUAGUUAGUGCUGCCACUUGCUUGGCGUGGUAUGACUGCAGAAACAUUGGAAAGAAAGCUUCUGCUCCAGAUGAGGCCUUUUCAUGCUUGCCUUUGUGCAUUGAAAGUAUUGCAGAAAGUACUUUAACGUCACUGAGUUUUGCUUUUAGUUGCUGCAUCCUGAUUUUUGAGGGAGAAGGCAGUUUUCUAUCUGGAAUUAUGGAAUCAUCAGAUGAACUCUAUGCUGCAGCAGCUAGCUUAGGAAUCGAUAUACAGCUCUUCUUCUCAUUUUCGUCCGAUAUGACGAACGAAAUUAUAUUAUCCUGCAUUGAGGUUGGGACAAAGUCACAUAGGGGAUUAUGCCCUAAAAUGUCCGACUCAGAAAGUCUAGCGGAAUCCUUCCUCACUGCAUUUCCUUCAAUUAAUCCUCUCUCAGCUCAUGGUAUACUGUCUUCAGGGAGCACACUAGUUGAGUUUCUAGAUUUGUCAGAUAAGGAUAGAACUCGUGCUCUUCAAAAAUUUAACGUUCCCGAUGAAAGCAUUGCUUUGCUAAAUGCAACAAGCAGAUACGGAGUGCGGGAGGAUUCGAAAUCUGGAAUGACAGACUGUUCCUCUUCAGUAUCUUCAGCUCCCGACUCCGAGACUGCUCAAUUCAGGAGUGCGUCUGAUAGGAAGAAACUAAAAUAUACUCGCAAUCUUUAUGAUGCCAGUGAGCCUCCAAAUGACUUGUUUCAUAUGGAUCCAUUAAAGCUAUUUUCAGACGACUUACUCCAUCCUCCCAAAGCAUCGACUUCACGUGAUUCUUGGUUGUCAGGAAGUACCGAGAAAUUUGAUGAGUCCGGGAAGUCCAGUUUAUCUUUUGAUGACAAACUGUUUCGUAAUAGCCAGGGAUUAGAUGUCGAUACAAUGAUGAAAUCAUCCACCGUGUCAAAAUUUCAUGAUUUUCCAAAUGCAAAAGAUCUUGAAAUAUUAGCUGAGAUAGAGAAGCCCACAAUGGCUGAGAUUGGUGUAAAUUAUGAUCCAAGAAGCAGAUCAGGUAAAUCUACAACGAUCAACUUUAGUAGAAAAAAUACCGAGGCAUGUGGAUAUCUACAGGAAAAUUUGAUUGGUGAAGUUAUUGACAUUGAUGAUACUCCAACAUUUAGGAAUUACAUUGACUGUUCACCAUUUAUGCUUGAUGGGGAGAAAGAUUAUGCAGCAAGAUUGUGUAAACCACCUUCAGGAGUAACCAAAGUUCCUGUUUUUACAGAUCCUGUUGAAAUUGAUUCUGCCUCAGGUGCCUGGGUUUCUAUUAGGGACAGUAGACAAAGUUCAAGGGGAGAAAUUGGGGAACGUUUUGAUGCAGUUGAAAAUAACAAAAUUUCAUUGAAGUGCCAGAAAAGGCUCUUUCACGAUGAUGUGACAGAAACAAACUCACAAAAUUCCUACAAAAUAUCUUUCCAAGAAAAGGGUCCUCGAAACUAUGGUGGAACACCGCUCUCUAAUGCUCUUCGCUCCACUGAGCCUCAACAAGGAUCGCCCUGGACGAUUGAGUUUCUAAACAGAAUCAGGGAAAAGAGUAGAUUGCGACAGCAGUCUCCUCCAUGCAACUUAUCCUCCCCUCGGUUUAAUUACUCUAGGAAUGCUUCAAAGGUUACUAAAAGGAAGAGUCCAUCUAUUCUUGAAUUUUAUAAGUACCAAGGAGGUAGUGCCUCAGAGAAAAUAGUUGAAGAAAAGAGACAAAAGAGAUCUUCACAACAAUCAAAUUCAUCAAAGAACAAGAAGGGUUCAGCUUCCUGCCAUUCAUCACUGACUCCAAUCGAUAAGAGAGCAAGUCGGACGCUAUCUUUUGCAACAAAUGGAAAUGGAGGGCAAAAAGCUUUGAACUCAUUGCUUACUGCUGCUUUUGGCCUCCAAUCAGGACGCUGUGUACUCUCCCUCUCCCUCUCUCUUGAUCAUAAUCAUUGUUUAUACAUUGCCAUUAUCACCUGGGCAAGCAUGACGGCCCUUGUUACUACUGCUGAAGUUUGUGAUGCAAAUCCACAGCUUAACGCGAGUGGUGAGCUCCGGGCCCUCCAGACAGUUUUCCAGAUAUAUGGAAGGCGCCAAGAGUUAUGUGGACCAAUCGUAACAGGAUGUGGAUGA